CCCAAAAAUAAAUAAAAAUUCAUUUCAUUUUCCCAAUUUUCCAAUUUUUUUUUUCGAAUUUUCACAAGAAUUAAACGAAGAACACAUGCUGAUGAUGCCCGCCAUCAAUGCCACACUCGAUUCUUUGCAAUCUCAGUGAUCGGUGUUUGAUUGAUUUGAUUUGACCGUCCUUUGCCGAUUCCAGCUUCCGCAUCUUCGUUUCCGUACUUCUGAGCUGCUUUGCGCCUGAAAAAUCUGAAAUUUCGGAUAAUGAGAUCCGUGUAAAGGUUUGGGCUUUGAAUUGAGGGAAAGAAUGUGGAAGAUGGGAGAGAGCCCGAAGUUCCAGCUGGGAACCAUUGGGGCUCUGAGUUUGUCGGUGGUGUCGUCGGUGUCAAUCGUGAUUUGCAACAAGGCGCUUAUUAGCACACUUGGUUUCACUUUUGCCACAACUUUGACAAGCUGGCAUCUUCUAGUCACAUUUUGUUCGCUUCACGUAGCGUUAUGGAUGAAAUUUUUUGAACACAAGCCUUUUGAUGCUAGUUCUGUAAUGGGAUUUGGAAUUCUUAAUGGAAUCUCUAUUGGCCUUCUGAAUCUUAGCUUGGGUUUCAAUUCCGUUGGUUUUUACCAGAUGACAAAACUGGCAAUCAUCCCUUGUACUGUUCUUCUGGAGACCCUUUUCUUUAAGAAGAAAUUCAGUCGAAGUGUCCAGUUUUCACUCUCCAUCCUUCUUUUGGGAGUUGGGGUUGCAACAGUGACGGAUCUUCAACUCAAUGCUCUGGGUUCUUUUUUGUCCCUGCUGGCAGUUUUAACAACCUGUGUUGCUCAGAUUAUGACCAAUACCAUCCAGAAGAAGUUCAAAGUUUCAUCAACCCAACUUCUGUACCAAUCUUGCCCCUAUCAGGCAAUAACGUUGUUUGUCAUUGGUCCAUUUCUAGAUGGACUUUUGACUAAUCAAAAUGUUUUCUCAUUUGCAUAUACCCCUCAAGUGCUGUUCUUCAUUGUUCUGUCCUGCCUGAUAUCUGUCUCCGUAAACUUCAGUACAUUUUUGGUUAUUGGAAAGACGUCUGCAGUAACCUAUCAGGUCCUUGGACAUCUGAAAACAUGCCUUGUUUUGGCAUUUGGCUACAUUCUACUUCGUGACCCAUUUAGCUGGCGCAACAUUUUGGGGAUAUUGAUUGCUAUAGUCGGGAUGGUGCUCUAUUCUUAUUAUUGCACUCUCGAGAGCCAGCGGAAGGCUAAUGAAGUAUCCCAACAGUUACCCCUGACGAGAGAAAGUGAAGGUGCUCAGUUAUUAGGUGUGGAAAAUGGAAAUGGGAACGAUCCUAAAAUUCCUGUAUGGAAGAACAAGGACCUACAAGCUUAAACGCCUGUGUGAUCCCUGAGUUCAUUUGCAGUAGAUCAAAUUUAGUGGCGGAAAAACUGUUCCGGCGAUGAAGAUGUUGCUGGAGAGGGGUUUCUAUCUGUGGCAUUGUGGGUUUAUAAUUUCCGUUGUAGAAGGAAGCUUCAGGUCAAAGAAAUGUCUUAUUUUUCUUACUUUAUAUAGCAGUUUUGGUUAUUAACUUUGUCUGAAACGGGUUUGGCAAAUCGGAUUUAUACCGAAAAUUUUGUGUUGUAACCCAAAUUUUAGUUGUAUUAGUGAAAAUUGCUGAACCACAGUAUUUGGUCUGCAGAUUUCAUGAGGUUAGCCCUCUAAAUGUAGUUGAGAAAACAAAAACAUAAUCGCACUUGUACCAGUAUGAGAAAACAAAAGCAAUUUCCUGGAGCAAUGAAGGCAUAAUUGUGAUUA